AUUUUCGAUAAGUGAGAGAAUGCACUCCAAUGUUACUUUGUUGGGCUUGUACACAUAACUGGUAUAUGGCCUUGAAGAACAUUAAAUGCUUAUACACGUGUAUAUGCUAUUAUCUGGUAUGUGAUGCAGGCGGCUGCUUGCUGCUGGGAGCACACUGUGGCACACUGUACACAGUAACAAGAACCCGGUAUGCCACUAAUCACAAAGAGGAAAUCUAUUUUGAUCCGAUAUCAUGGCCUGGUAUGCCUAGCAUGUGCAUGGUAGAACAAGGAUCGAGAAACAACUAGAGCCGUUGGGAUAAGCCAAUCACCCAAUCAACCACUGACUAACGAGUGCAUUCUUGCUGCCUGCUCAUGCUGUGUGCUCUGAUCGAAUAUGGACAACCGAGAUGCAGAAUAUGCAGAAUAUGCCGAGGCAUCAACCUCGAAUCAAGCCGCCCGCCACCAGCAGGCAAGAGAGUACCGUCGCCGACUGCUGAGAUCAAGCCGCACCAUGACUGCGGCUCAUGAGGCUCAUGAGGAUGGGGCCACAGAGUAUGAUGAACAGCGGCGUGAUGCUCAAUGGGCAUUUCAGACACCCCAAGGUCAGUCUUCUACUUUACCAACUGCAAACCCAUACCAUACCCAUCGCCCCUCACUGGACAAGGCGCAUCCCCGUCACACCAGCACAAUCACACCAGCCCUUACAUGCCCAAGUUUCGCCUGGGCCUGUAUUUUGUCAAACAAAUCUUUGUGUCUACUUCUGUGUCUUUCUCCAUUUCACAAAAAGAAGGGGAAAAGUAGAUCAGCCAUGCCUCCCUUUGAAGAAUCAUCAAGAGCACUUUUACCCCUCGGCGACUCUCGUUGGCGUGUUACUCGAGGUGGCCGCCCCCUCCCGUUUAAUCAAACUUGGGCACCCAUUCAACACCAAGAAGAAGAGGGUACUACCACACGCAAUAUGUCAUUAAGUCCAUUCUCUCAACUGUUUGCUGAUAUCCUUGCAGAGCGUAUUGCCAGACAGGAGCUUCUUCCUCCCCCAACCCGAGGAUUCACUGGCAGCGAUGAUGGUGACUUUGAUGUGGAUGCAGGCGCUGACGCCGACCCUCACGUGAUGGAAGGUGGUGAAGGCAAUGCCGAACAUGAUCAUAGUGAAGUCGAAGAUGUCGAGGAUGCAGAGGAAGAUGAGGAGCAGUCGUUCGACGCCAGCGCUGUCGGCUUGAAGGAGAUCAGCAACCUCGCCAGCUUUAUCGUCAGUAGCUACAAGCCCGGAUGUGGUGUCAAGGAACUUCGUGAUGACGAUGUCAAUCAAUACUGGCAAUCUGAUGGGCCUCAACCUCAUCGUCUCAACAUUCACUUUAUCAAACGAGUUGAAAUUCGAGCAUUACGUCUAUACCUAGACUAUGAGCUUGAUGAGAGCUAUACGCCUACCAAGAUCCAGAUUACAGCUGGCACUGGCCCCAAUCUCACCAUCCCAUUCACUACCAUGGAGCUGAAUACGCCCAAAGGAUGGAUUGACGUACCGAUUGCAGGAGCGGGAGGUGGUCCUGAUGGCAACUCACUUUGCUGCUUUUUCGUAAGAGUGAUCAUCCUCGAAAAUCACCAGAACGGCAAAGAUACCCAUAUCCGAGGCAUCAAAGUGUACGCUCUAGACGAGGGUGCUGAUACGGUGGACAACAACCCUAUCGAUGACGUGGUGAACGAGCUCGAGGACCACCGCCUACGUAUGAAGCGCAUGAGUCUUGGUGAUAGUGACGAAGACCUCAUGCACCUCGACGGACAGGUGCGAAAGCGCAACGCCAACGCCAAGAAGCACACACCGGGUGACGGCGGACUAAGCAUUCCCGACUUCAUGAGGGAACCGGAGAUUCGUUAGACAGGGGCAAAAAUGAAGGACGCUUCACUAGAAGAACAUAUGAUGACUUUAUGGCAAGAUUCACGAUGACUACGGCGGCGUUUUGGGAGGUUGGGCUUUGAUACCCCGAGUUGUUGACACAUGGUGGAAAUGGAAAUACCACAGGCAGCUCAAGAUACUACGAAAAAGCGGAAUAUUUUUGACAUGACCCUAGAGGUCGGUCUAGAGUUCGUAGGAGUUGUUACACUCAGUAACUAAUACACUCAAUACGGACGGUCUACCUCCUACCGCUAAAAAUCACGUUGCUCGGCGAUCUCGAUCGCUAGUUUCUUGAGGAAGUUUGUGUAAAACUAAGCUCCCAUCUGACAUUAUCUCGGUGUUAUCGGAUUUAAUGUAUAGGUAUGCUAGAGAUUCAUGGUGCCUCCACCAAAUACCCUAUG